UGUCGGGCUCGGAGGUGGCAGAAGGCGACAGGGAGAGGUGUGUCCCCUCCCAGCGCUUUCCCCCGGGGGUGUGAGGAGGGUGCUCGCACCCCACACCCGCCCCGGCCAUGGGGGGCUGGUCCCGCAGCGCCUGGAUUUUACCCCUUUUCUUGGCUGGGCUUGUCCAGCCGGGGCAGAGCCAGGAGAGGGAGAAGGUGAAAUGCUACGGCUCGGUGCAGGGCACCAUCUACGACUACGGGGCCCUGACCAUCGAUGGGGACGAGUACAUCCCCUUUAGGAAUUACGCAGGGAAGAUGGUGCUCUUCGUCAACGUGGCCACGUACUGAGGCCUCACCCUGCAGUACCUCGAACUGAAUGCACUACAAAAUGAGCUGGGGCCCUAUGGGCUCGUCGUCCUGGGCUUCCCCUCCAACCAAUUUGGGAAGCAGGAACCUGGCCAGAACUCGGAGAUCCUCCCCGCGCUGAAGUAUGUCCGGCCCGGGGGCGGCUUCGUCCCCAACUUCCAGCUUUUCCAGAAAGGGGAUGUGAAUGGGGCCAAGGAGCAGAAGGUCUACACCUUCCUGAAGAAUGCCUGUCCUCCGGUGGCGGAAGAGUUCGGGAACCCCAAGAACCUCUUCUGGGAGCCCCUGCGGAACCACGACAUCAAGUGGAACUUCGAGAAGUUCCUGGUGGGCCCCGAUGGCGUGCCCGUCAUGCGCUGGUACCACCGUGCCAACAUCGCCGUCGUGAAGAACGACAUCAUCACCUACAUGAGGCAGAAGCAGAGCCAGUAGAUGCGGGGGACACUGGCCUAGAGGAUGGCUUCUCACCCCCGCUCGCACCCCCCUCACUGUUGCAGGGAUGCUCCCCAGCAGCAGGAGCCGAAUGCCGAGCCAGGACGCUGCCCCCUCCAUCGCUCCCAUCUCUGCCACGCCUCCAGCUGGGACACCGGGCUGGGCAACACAGUGGCAGAGACCUCGGCGAUGGGAGGAGGACGUUUCCCAAUAACCCCGUGUCCCACCUCCACCCCCAGCAGUGACAUCUCCUCCUGGCCACCAGCUUGCCGCCCCGCUCUGCCAUUCUGCCUUGCCGGAUAGCGGGGGGAGGCAGGGGUCAGCCACCCCCGGAGCAGAAGAUCACGUCUCCAUGAAGGCUUGGCCCGAAAGCCCCUGGCGUGGGGCGGGCCUGGCCUGAUCCUGCCGGGCACGGAGCAGCUCUUCAGUGCAUUCAAGCUGCCCGUGGUCCCGGUGCAGAGACGUGCUCCUCUCCCAGCCGGGGCUGGCCAACCCCUCGCCCCCCGCCAUAGAAACGCCAAAUAAAGGCUCAGCAAACAUGCA